CAGCUGUCAAAAAGCUGACAGUAGUCGCGAUUGAUUUUUGUCGCAGUAUUCGUGUUUUCAUUAAAUUAUAAUUGCAUAGGUGCAUUUCAGUGGAAGUUUCCCUGGUCUCCAUGGACGUAUAGUAGUCCAGAAGCUGUUAAAACCUUUCUACCGGUCCCCACGUCCACUAGGCAGCCAUGCCGGGCACCAACCUCAUAGUUCCAGUGGUCUUAUGGGGCAAACACGCCCCGACCCAUUGCGUCUCCUCAGUCUACCUCUCAAGAGACCAGAAAACAUUGGUCACCGGUUGCUAUGAUGGUCAGAUAUGUAUCUGGCAAGUGGAUCCUGACAGUUUAAAAAUGACCCCUCGAUGCUUACUGGUGGGACAUACUGCUCCCGUCACUUGUUUAUCCAGAGCGUCUAUUAUUCAGGACAAUAACUUCAUAGUAUCCUCAUCGGAAGCCGGGGAGAUGUGUACGUGGGAUCUUGUGGAUGGAAAAUGCAGGGAGAGUGUAAAACUGUCACAGAUACAUACUAAUAUACAGGCCUACCAUAUGUGCAACAGUGAAGAUCUGCGCCUCUUCUGCAAUGGAUACUAUGCGGAGAUCCUGAUAAUGGAUCCGUUUUCCUUGGAGAUAUUAUUCUCUCUCAGUUCCAAGAUGAAUCCUGACUGGAUAUCAGCAUUACAUGUUCUCCGUCCAUCUUCAAGAAAAGACGACGUCGUUUUAGCUAUAUCUAUUACUGGGACUGUUAAGGUAUGGUCUCUUCUUGGCCAUGAAAAUAAACAAUCGGAACCGAUCUAUGAGAAUGAGUCGAAACAGAUUCGCUGUCUCAACGCUUUAUCCUUAAACUGCUGCGCUUACAACCAACGGACAGUGCUCAUUGUAUGCGCCAAAUACUGCCAAAUAUAUGAUGCUGGUGAUUUCUCGGUCCUAUGUUCGAUCCAAGCGCCAUCUGGUGAGCGUUGGAUGUCUGGCGACUUUUUGGCCCCAGAUCGUGUAUUAGUAUGUUCUACCGAGGGAAAAGGAUAUCUAUAUAAGCUGCCUGCCAACUCUGUUCCGGAUCAUAAAGGUUUUCAUGGCCCAACCGUGGAUCACGAUAGUCCAGUAUUAUUCGGAAUUUUGGCUCAUCCUGAUAAUAAGCUACUAUCGUGUCCUCCCGCUAUGAGGUUUGUGAUAACCUCAGUGGGAGGUAAGCAGAGACGCCUCCUCCUUCGUGGAGACUCCGCCGGCGUGGUCUCCGUGUGGAACGUCGAUGAUGCAGCCGUCCCUACUCCUCAUCAGACACCUUCGCACGCGCCGAUUGUGAUGACGAGUUUGGAUAUUGCAUGGGAGGAUAUGAACCCUAGUCCUGUCGGUAUACUCGAUCAACUGAACCAUCCUGAUGAGCAAGAAAUAAAGUUGACGGCAUCUAUAUACUUGUUGGCGGCUAACCGUUUGGUGGUAGGCAGAGAAGAUGGUUCAAUAGUCAUCGUGAAUGCAACUCAUACGGUGCAACUGCAGUUAUUGCAUGGCAAUCAUCAGCAACUAGAUGGUAAGAGGAUGCAAUUAAGAAAGAAAGAGAAAUCAUUUAUACCAAACAAGGCAUGA